GAGCAUGCGAUUCAGUGCCAUAUUAUCCAUGUCUGUUCUCAAUGUGGACCAGAUCGCGAAAGACUGCCGGAACCCCUCUCUUCGGACCCAUCAGACGGGUUGCCGUGGCCAAUUGAUGUCACUUGUGUGGUUGCUGGUGGGUCUUUGUGUGGUUCUAGAUUUUUUCUCUGCCUGACCCCGACAUGGCAUGGAUAAUUCUUCAACUGUGACAGCAUGAUAAUGGGGCUGCUUAAAAAUCAUGGAUCGAAGCUCCGAAAAUGUAUUUUGUUGAUCUCAUCAUCUCCGAAGGUUUGUUGUUAUCGUCAAGUGUGUUUCCUCGUAUAAGUAGUUCGCGGUUUUCACCUCACAAUUCUCUUCGGGCAGCAAGAAUCCACUUUACAAUCUUCCACUACUUCUUUACACAACCGAAUUUCCAAUCCAGUCAAAUCAAGAAAACACAGUCAUGGUUGAAUUCACAAUCUUCAAAGGUUCGAAGCAGGGGAAGAUUAUCAAAAGCACGACCCAGAAGGAGCUCAAACCAGAUGAGGUUCUCAUCAAAGUCACCCACUCUGGUGUUUGCGGUACAGAUGAGCAUUAUAAGCACACAGACAUGGCACUGGGACAUGAAGGUGCAGGGGUUGUCGAGGAAGUCGGUUCAUCAGUCAAGAAUUUUCGACAGGGCGAUUCAGUAGGAUGGGGAUAUCAGACCGGGAGCUGCGGCCACUGUAAACAAUGCCUCACCGGCCACGAGACAAUGUGCGCUGAGCGGCAAAUGUACGGGUACGCCAACCAUGACCAAGGCUCCUUCUCCUCGAAAGCCAUCUGGAAAGCCGACUACAUCUACAACAUUCCCUCUUCAAUCCCGCGCGAGUAUGCAGCACCGCUGAUGUGCGGCGGAGCAACAGUCUUCAAUGCCUUACAUUCCUUCAACGUCAAGGCCACAGACCGCGUUGGCAUAAUCGGUGUAGGCGGACUCGGACAUCUCGCCAUCCAAUUCGCAUCAAAGAUGGGCUGCCAAGUCGUCGUCUUCUCCAGCACAGACAACAAGAAAGACGAAGCCCUCAAACUCGGAGCUGAUGAAUUCAUCGCCACGAAAGGCGCCAAAGAGCUUCGUGUUUCCAGCACCAUCGAUCACCUCCUCGUUACCACCUCUUUCCAGCCAGACUGGAAGCAAUUCCUGCCCAUCAUGGCACCUGGCGGAACAAUCUAUCCUCUCACUGUCUCGCCAGAGGACUUGAAGAUCCCAUAUAUGCCUAUCCUUGCAGGCGAGUUGAAGAUUCAGGGAUCGCUAGUUGCUGCCAGGCAGGUGCAUCGGGAGAUGUUGUCUUUUGCGGCGCAUCACCAGAUUAGGCCUAUUAUUGAGCAGUUCCCCAUGACUGUUGAGGGUAUUGAGGAGAGUAUGAAGAAGUUGGAGGAUGGGAAGAUGAGAUAUCGGGGUGUGGUUGUCGCACAGUAAAUGUGGUGCUGGGGGACUUUGUAAUAUAGGAUGCAUCGGAGUGGCGUAUAAGUAGGAGCGAUUGAUAUUUAUAGAAAAUAGAUACACAGAUAUAGGAUACUUCUUUGC